GCCGAGAGGGCCGUCAGCUAUACUGUCAGUUGUGUUUCAAAUGCGAUAGCGAUGACAAGUGAAAAACCGUGUUACAACGUGGCCGACGCGCCAGCGCUCUUUGAGAAAUUUAUAAAGGAUAACAAUAGAGUUUAUGCGGACGAUAGCGAUCGGAAAAUUCACUAUGAAGCAUUUGUUAAGAACCUUGAGAAAAUUAAUGCUAUGAAUGCUCAAGGCUCGGCGGUUUAUGAUAUAAAUAAAUUUGCAGACUAUACGGAGGAGGAAUGGAAAAACAUGUUCGGAUUUCGCAAAAGUUAAUGCUUUGUGAGAUGUUGUUCAAAAAUUAUGGAUUGACAUUUUGCUACUGCGCCAAGUAAAGAGGACCGAAAUAGUUAGGACAAAUUUAAAAACCUUUGUACUUAUUUUUGU